AUGCACAUCGCAUCAUCGUUGGAGCUGCAACCUGGCAUGCCAAAUGUUUGUGCUGACCAGGAGAUGUCCAUGCUGGGGGCACGUCAGCCCUGUGUCCAGGCUUUUACCCGCAUGGUCAAGGUGUGGAAACAGGGCUGCACCAACCACAGAUGGUGUAUGGGCUACGAGAGGAGGACAGCAUACUACACAGCGUACAGGCAGAUGUACAACAUGGAUUUGCACACAGUCUACAAGUGCUGCCCAGGUUGGACUCAGAAGGGUGAAGAGAUGGGCUGCCUACAUAGGGUGUGUGGUGCCAAUACAUGUUUCAAUGGAGGCCAAUGUGCAGAGACUGGAGACCAGAUAUGUCAGUGUCCGUUGGGCUUCAAAGGGACGCGAUGCCAGUAUGAUGUUAACGAAUGUGAAGUGGAUGACGGCGGCUGUGAGGGGUACUGUUGCAACACCAUUGGCAGCUACUACUGCAAGUGUCCUGAAGGCAGUAGACUGGGGCCAGAUGGCAAAGCAUGUCACGAUGUAAAUGAAUGUGAGGAGCUCAAUGGAGGAUGCCAGCAAACGUGUGUCAACAUACCGGGCUCUUAUCGCUGUGAGUGUAGUGAAGGCUUCCGCAUGCACACUGAUGGCCGGACCUGCAUUGCUGUGACUUCUUGCUCAGUAUUGAACGGUGGAUGUGAGCACAAGUGUGUGGACAUGGGGAACAAUCACUACAAAUGUGAGUGUCGAAAGAACUACCAGCUGAAGAGAGAUGGAAGACACUGUGAAUUGAGGGACCCCUGUGAUGAGAGGAAUGGAGGCUGCGCCCAGCUGUGUCGUUGGGAAGAUGGCCGGGUUCAGUGCAGCUGCCGACCUGGUUUUACACUGGCUGGAGAUGCCAAGAACUGUGAAGAUAUUGAUGAGUGCAGUUCAGGCCAUGCCAAGUGUUCCCAUGGAUGUGUCAACAUGCUGGGCUCCUUCAGCUGUGUGUGUCAUCCAGGCUUUGAACUUGGUGCAGAUGGCAAACAGUGUUACCGCAUUGAGAUGGAGAUCGUCAACAGCUGUGAGAAGAACAACGGCGGUUGCUCCCAUCAUUGUGAGCACACCACAAACGGCCCUCUCUGCUCCUGCAACCACGGCUACCAGCUGGACCGAGACAGGAAGACCUGUGUAGAUAGUGAUGAAUGUAUCAGCGGGGAUUCCUGCUGUAGUCACUUCUGCAGAAACUACCCGGGCGGCUACGAGUGCAGCUGCAGAGCUGGCCACAGACUAAACCCAGACGGCUGUGGCUGUGAUGACAUUGACGAGUGCCUAUCAGAGACCUCAGGCUGUGAACACUACUGUGUUAACACCCUGGGAACAUAUGAGUGUUUUUGUCGACUGGGCUUCCGCUUGGAUCAGGACCAGCACUCCUGCAUCUCUCUGUAUGGCAGAGAACUGGAAGAAGAAGAGGAGGAUGAGGAAGAAGACGAGGAGCAGCUGGAAGUCCACAGAUUACCAGACCUGUUAUUCCGUCGGGCUCCUCAGCUGCUGCAGUACACGGCAGCCUUGCACGCCCGUUAUGACGGUGACGAUGAUGAUGGUAGUGAUGGUGGUGACAAUGAAAAAGAAUUUGAGAUCCAGAGAGACCUGUGUCUGGAUGGCUCAUUUGGGGAUGACUGCAGUGUGAGCUGUGAAGACUGUGUGAACGGAGUGUGUAGUGAAAACAGAGAGCGAUGUCACUGUUCACCUGGAUGGACUGGUAUCAUCUGCAACAAGACUUGUCCACAGGGGACCUAUGGGCAGGCCUGUAACAGUCUGUGCCGUUGUCAGAAUGGAGGCUCGUGUGACCCUGUGACUGGGAAGUGUUUGUGCCCCCCAGGGGUAGAGGGCCUGCUCUGUGAGAAUGGUUGUCCAAGAGGUUAUUUCGGAAGGCACUGUAGAAGGAAGUGUAACUGCCCCAACAAUGGACACUGCCAUCGUCUGUAUGGAGCCUGCCUGUGCUCCCCAGGAUUAUAUGGUCGUUACUGCCACCUGCCUUGUCCCAGGUGGACGCACGGUGCAGGCUGUUCCAAGGAAUGCGACUGUGUUCAAGAACAUUCCUCUGGCUGUGACCCCAAAACAGGGAGCUGUUUCUGUAAAGCUGCAUACCAUGGCCCGCAGUGUGAGAAAGAAUGUGAUCCUGGCUUCUUCGGUGCAGGCUGUGAGCAGCCAUGUGACUGUCCAGGUGGAGGGUCAUGUGACCCAAGGACUGGAGAGUGCCGCCAGCGGUGUCCUGCAGGACUUCAUGGUGAUAGAUGUCAACUUGCAUGUGAAUCUGGUUACUGGGGCCAAGGGUGCAAAACUAAAUGCCAUUGCCAGGACAGCUCUGUGGGCUGUGACCCCGUCACUGGUCAGUGUGUGUGUGAGACUGGCUUCACCGGAGACCAAUGUGAAAAGAUGUGUGUCAAUGGCACUUAUGGCCGGGGCUGUGCCCAGCAGUGCCAGUGUCAAAAUGGAGCCCAUUGUGACCAUGUGAGCGGAGCCUGCACAUGUUCCCCUGGAUAUGCUGGCACUUUUUGUGAAAAAAUGUGCCCGGACGGCUUUUACGGUCUUGACUGUGGCCAGAUGUGCGAGUGCAGGAACGGUGCCCGCUGCCACCACAUCACAGGAGCCUGCCUAUGCACCGCCGGCUGGGCAGGACCACACUGCAUUCUGGCCUGUCCUGCAGGACAAUAUGGGGAACAUUGCUCUGGCCAGUGUCUAUGUCAAAACGGGGGCUCUUGUGACAGCGUGACUGGUCAGUGCUCCUGCCCGCCCAGCUGGACUGGAGCCGCCUGUGAGUUAGCCUGCCUCCCGGGGUCCUACGGCGCUUCCUGUGUCCAGCGGUGUCAGUGCCAGGCUGGGGUGUCCUGUCACCAUGAGACGGGGAGUUGUGGCUGCCCAGCUGGACUCGCAGGGCCUGGCUGUGAGAAAACCUGUCCUGCUGGCAUGUUCGGGCAAAACUGCAGCCAGCUGUGCCAAUGUUCAGGUGAUCAAGAGCAGUGCCAUCCUGUGACGGGGAAAUGUAGCUGCUUACCUGGCUACUACGGGGCACACUGUGAGCUACGAUGUCGCGCAGGGACUUUUGGGCCAAACUGCAAGUCCAGAUGUAGCUGCAUCAAUGGUGGUCGCUGUGACUUUAGGACUGGGACUUGCUACUGUCCUCCUGGUUUCAUUGGAGCUGACUGCAGCUCAAGUUGUCCGAGUGGAUACUAUGGGAAAGACUGUGCUAAGCUGUGCUCCUGUGGGGAAGGAGGGCAGUGCCACGCAGCAACUGGGAGGUGUAUGUGUGCCCCCGGUAGGAUGGGACAGUCCUGUCAGCAAGCGUGUCCCAGAGAGCGCUACGGUCUGCAGUGCAGGAACACAUGCAGCUGUCAGAACAGGGGUCUGUGUGACCCUGUUGACGGGUCCUGCAAGUGUGGACUGGGCUGGACUGGACCACAGUGUGACACAGCCUGUUCACAGGGAAAAUAUGGAUUUGAUUGCGCACAAGAUUGUCCAUGCUUCAACAAUGGGACCUGCGACCGUUUCACUGGCACCUGCAGCUGUACUGCUGGAUACUACGGCCACUCCUGUCAACACAAAUGCCCCUCAGGGUUUUUUGGAGUCAACUGUGCCCAUACCUGUGACUGUAAGGUCGGUCGGACAUGUGACCAUGUGACAGGCCAAUGUGUGUGUCCACCAGGCUACUAUGGGCCACAAUGCCAAAGACGGUGUGAAGCCGGCAGCUUUGGACUGAGCUGUGCUAAGUCGUGUGACUGUGUUGGUGAGGCCCCGUGUGACCCAUCGACUGGACGGUGUCUGUGUCCCCCAGGGAGGACAGGACAAAGAUGUGAAAAAAACUGUGGUGGGGAUCGUUUUGGCCCCCACUGCUCCCUGCCGUGCCAGUGUUCCCACGGGGCCCACUGCGAUGGGCUGACUGGCCGAUGUCUGUGCCCGCUCACCUGGCUGGGUCCCACCUGUAGUGAAGCACUGCUACACCAAACCCCGGCACUGCUGAACUUCUCAGUGUCCCAGAGAAAGAGAAGAGCAGGCAGCAAAACCACAUAACCCAAGCAGAGGUGCAAACUCCUGACUGGACAUUCAAACACAGGGCUUGGCUGUGUGAAACAUUACUACGAUCAUCUUGGUGAAGGUGAUGUUGGUAUUACUAUGUUUUCGUGAAACUGGUACUCAGCUGUCAGAAACUAGCCCCACAUCACUGAGCCCGGAGUUCAAGAUAAUCAACCAGUGAACCUGGCAUUUGAGGGGCCCUCAAAGGACCACAAGCUCUAAACCUACCCCAGUCUGCGUAAGAUUUAAAGUCCAGGGUUACACAGACUUUUUAGCAAUACACACAAAUACCUGCAUCACAUCUGUUACUAUCGCUGAUUGAAAGUGGUUAAUUUUGCUUUCCAGUUUGACGUCUAAUGAGUUGUUAAGGGUUCAGUUUCUUUCUUAAGGGCAGUUGGACAAGACGUGUGACUGAAUCGGAGACUUUCUUGUAGCUGGAGAGUCUUUACAUCUGCUUUUUUUUUUUCUUUUUUUUUGCGUCUACAAAAAACUCAAUGGUUAGUGUGACAGAAUGCCAAGCAUAUUUCUGGUGAAAAUUAAAUGCCUCUAAAACAGAUUUAGAAAUGUAUAUGGGUCACUUAUAUACUUAUUCUGAAAAAUAAAUCCCCAAGAUCCACACACACAGGGACUGCAGUACAAAAAAAUGGUCCAGUAGAAGAGCCUUAAAUGCUGAAGCAGGGGAUGUUUCAUGAUAAAAAAAAGAAAGACCUCCAGACAUAUGUUAAAAUACAUAAAAAAUACUCUGCUUUGAAUAAUGACUUAUGUCUGAUAUUUUUUUCCAUAACAAACUUCAGUUACAUGGUUAAAUAACUGAAAAUUGCAUUUACUCCGGCAGAAAUCCAGAAUCUAUCAGUAUAACUUUAAUUACUCCACAGAAGAUAUCUCCUGCUUUUAGUGAAAUGUCCUUUCUCAGUGUACGUAAGUGCACUGGAGGGUUCAGGGUUCCAUAUCACACCUCUGUGAGUUACGUAUUGAAUUAUGAUUGGCACAAAUCAUGCCACAAAUCUGUCUGUAAAUCAGAUUUAAGGUGAGCAGACAGAAAGUUUCCCACUUCAGCAGGUGAGUGUGAAAACAGCCUCAAAGCUGAAACACAUUAGAGUAGAUGGGGAGUUUAAUUGUAAUCAAACAAAAUCAAUUUGGCAAAUUCUUUUCUUUAAAUAUUUGCUAAAAAUAUUUUGAAGCCUGUAACUACACACAAAUAUUGCAAGAUAAAAAUGCUGAUUUUUGUGUCGAUGUGAAUCCUUCAGACAGAGGUUGCAUCCUCAUCAAACUGUCUCUCUGUCUCUGCCAUACACACAGGGAAUCGUAUUACUUACAUAUUUCUUAUGUUUGUGUUUAUUCCCUUGCUUAUAAUUUGUUGUUACAAUUUUAUGUUUUGAUUUUUACACAUUUUCAUUGUAUUCUUUGUGAAACUGCGUCAUUUCCCAAAAGAAUCCAGCUCCCAUCGCUAGUUCAUACAUUUGUAGAUUAUUCCAAACAAGAUUUUUCCUAGCUGCAGGACUCAUCCUCACCUUAACUUAUUUAACUGUUCAUACACCUUCCUUUUACCGAUGUCUGUGUAAAAUAUUGUCUACCCGUAAGUUAUUUCUUAAUUUUGAAUAUGACAAGAACAAGCUCCAUUUACCAGCAUUAGGAACACACUUAUUGGCAUUGAUCAUGGAGUUUACUGCAUGCAAAUUGCACUUUUUUCGAAUCUGUGUUUAUUGACUCGGCAGCUGAUACAGAGUUUGGGAGUCAGGUAAAAAAAUGAUAAAACUGAUGUUAAUAAACUUUGACAUACUUUGUACAAAAUUAGAAGCCUUUUUUUAACCAUCCCAUAUCACUACUGCUAUCAUUUACCAUAUGUGUGCAUUUGUUUUGAGGAUUCAGCUUUUACAAAAACCGUAUUUGUAUUAUAUCUCAGGUCAUUUAUCCCUCAUAACCUACUGUGCUCAUUUCCUGAUGGUCAGCGGUGCUACAGUGAUGCAUUUUGUUUGAUUUUUACUUCAUCUUCCCGUUGUCUUUUUGCUUCCUCCGUGAUGUGUCUUUGUCAUCUGUGGUUGUGUUUUAACUACAACAAAGUGAAGAAGAGCCAUGAACCAAAUAAAUGACA